GUAGAUAAUUUCUGGACGCCCCUUUUUUGGAUUAUGCCGACAGAUACAACGGAAAAAACGGCACAAUGAGGUCUUGGUCUGGUGCUCUGUUUUUCUUUCUGUUUUCUGGCGGCUCGGAGCUGAUUUUUGCGCAGCUGAAAUAUUCCACUCCAGAAGGGGUGAAAGUGGGAGCUGUGAUCGGAAAUGUGGCCAAGGAUUUGGGCCUCGAUGUCAGCACCCUGGCAAGCAGGCGUUUUCGCAUUGUGUCUGCAGCUCACGGUGCGCUGUUUGAGGUAAACCCGAACAAUGGGAAUUUAUAUGUUCACCGGGACAUUGACAGAGAGCAGCUGUGCGACAGAAAUAUUGCAUGUUUAACCGACCUAAAAAUUGUAGUUGAAAACCCACUUGAAGUCCACUAUGUCACGGUGGAAAUAACGGAUGCAAACGACCAUGCUCCGAGUUUUGCGGAAGAAGAGAAAAUAAUAGAAAUAGCGGAACUGACGGCGCCGGGUGCUCGAUUCCAAUUACCAGGCGCCCGCGAUCCAGAUGUAGGAAUAAAUUCAAUCCAGCGCUACAAACUGAGUCAAAAUGACAAUUUCCAAUUGGAAAUUAGGGACAGAGGUGAGGACAAAGUCCCCUUCUUAGUUUUGCAGAGACAGCUAGAUAGAGAGCAAAAAACCAACCACAGCUUAAUUCUAACUGCUGUGGAUGGAGGGACGCCAUCAAAAUCAGCGCAUCUCAACGUUACAGUAAGGGUUCUCGAUACAAAUGAUAACAGACCCAUUUUUUCAAAGGAGGUUUAUUCCGCUGUGUUGCAGGAAAACGCAGUAAAAGAUACAAUAAUAAUUAAAGUAGAAGCAACUGAUCUAGAUGAGGGAACAAACGCUAAUGUAGAGUAUGCCUUUGGAAGUGAUAUUAAUUCAGAUUUGCUACAACUAUUUAGUUUAAAUACUAAUACUGGAGAAAUUCGAGUAAACGGAUUGAUUGAUUAUGAGACAGCUAGUGUUUACAAAUUAGACAUACAAGCUUCUGACAAAGGCCAGCCACCGAUGACCACUGAUUGUAGAGUGAUCAUCAAAAUUCAGGAUGUCAAUGACAAUAAGCCGGAAAUUGACAUUACAUCUUUAUCCAGCAUGGUCCCAGAGGAUUCAAAACAUGGCACUGUGAUAGCUCUUAUCAGUUUUACAGACAGGGAUUCUGGUCUAAAUGGUAAAGUCGUUUGUCAUCUCACAGAUAAUGUGCCUUUUGAGUUAAAACCAUCAUACAAAGAAAACAUGUACUCAUUAGUUACAAAGGAAACGUUGGACAGGGAGACUGUAUCAUAUUAUGAUAUUUCAGUGACAGCUACAGAUUGCGGGGAGCCACCUCUUUCCACUGUAAAAAGUUUAAGCAUUCAGGUGUCGGAUGUAAAUGACAACACUCCUGAUUUUUUACACAAUCCUCUUGAAUUGUAUUUAUUGGAAAAUAAUGUCCCUGGUGAAUCUAUAUUUUCUGUCAGCGCGCUUGACAAGGACUUAAAUGAAAACGCUGUCCUCUCCUAUCGUUUGCUCAAAGCUGAUGGUGGUCCUAAGGACAUGACAUCCUUUUUGAACAUACAUGCUGACAACGGACAGAUAUCGGCACUGAAAAGCUUUGACUUUGAAACCCUGAAGACUUUCCGGUUCCACGUUGUGGCCUCAGAUUCUGGGACUCCGUCCCUGAGCAGCAACGUGACAGUGAAUGUGUUCAUCCUGGACCAGAACGACAACGCUCCAGUCAUCCUGUAUCCAGUCAGCUCCAACGGUUCUGCUGAAGGUGUGGAGGAGAUUCCCCGCAAUGUGAACGCAGGACACUUGGUGACCAAAGUCAGAGCCUAUGACGCUGAUAUAGGAUAUAACGGCUGGUUGCUGUUUUCCCUGCAGGAAGUUACUGACCACAGCCUCUUUGGUUUGGACCGCUACACAGGACAGAUCAGAACCCUUCGCUCAUUCACAGAGACAGACGAGGCUGAGCAUAAACUGGUCAUCCUGGUCAAAGACAACGGCAACGUUUCCCUCUCAGCAACAGCUACUGUGAUUGUCAAGCUGGUGGAGCCCAAAGAGGCUUUUGCAGCUUCUGAUGUUAAAAGUGCAGCAAAGGAUGAUGAGGAUACUAACGUGACUUUUUACCUGAUGAUCACUCUGGGAUCAGUUUCAGUUCUGUUCAUCAUCAGCAUCAUUGUGCUGAUUGCAAUGCAGUGCUCCAAAUCCCCAGACUAUACUUCUAAAUAUCUCCAAGAGACUAAUUAUGAUGGGACCCUGUGUCACAGCAUCCAGUACAGAUCUGGAGACAAACGGUACAUGUUGGUUGGACCCAGGAUGAGCAUAGGAUCUACUAUAGUACCUGGAAGUCAUGCAAACACACUAGUGCUCCCUGACAGGAGGAGGACGUCUGAGGUAAGGCUGUGUUCCUGUUCCAUUGGAUGAUAUUACUUUUAUCUU